UGUAUUAUUCAUCGAUAUAAAAUCGCUGUUGUUGGUGCUAAAGGAUGUGGAAAAACAGCUUUUGCUCGACGUCUUGCCAGAGACAUUUUUUAUGAAGCAGACAACGCUCUACAAAAUAAUUCACCACCUUUCAGACAGUUUUUUCACUGUGAACAAUCUGAUGGGAAUCGAAUUAAAAUUGAAUUGAUUGAUGUUAGUGUUGAACAACUCGAUGAACAUGUACGAACAGCAAAUACAAUAAGACAGAGACUCGUUGUUGGCGAACCGAUCAGCGUUAAAUGCACAGAAUUUGUGGAUUUGUGUGGAAUAUUUUUGUUAUAUGAUACGACUGAUAGCAAAUCAUUUGAUGGUCUUCACAAUAUUAUUGGUGAUUUAAGUCAUUUAACAUCGCCUGGCUGUGAAAUAUUUCUUAUUGGAUGUAAAUCUGAUUUGCGAGAACAAAGAAAAAUCUCUUUUAAAGAAGCCGAGGAUUUUGCGAUAAGAAUUGGUUUCUCGCUUUUUGAAACAAGUUCAAAAAGUGGUCUGAAUUGUACGAAUGCGUUAAUGGAAAUGGUUGAUAAAAUUUACGAGAAACAAGAAGAAGCAGCUUGCUAUAUAUGUGAUUCAGUUGAAGAAGAAGAAACAGCAUCCGUGCAACGUUUCAAUAUUCCAAAUAUCUUUUGUAAUUUAUGGAAUUGUCAAUGA